GGGAGAAGCAGGCUCCCCACAGAGCAGGGAGCCCGAUGUGGGGCUCGAUCCCAGGACCCUGGGAUCAUGACCUGAGCUGAAGGCAGUCGCUUAACCAACUGAGCCACCCAGGCGCCCAGGUUUACAUUUUCUACAGCUCGAUAGGUCCUCUGUUUAUGUUAUAAAUUCAAGAUUUCCAAUCUUCGUUAAGAAAAUCUCCUGGCUCCUGAGAAGUGGGAGUAGGGGGAUGGCAGCCUCCUCUUCCUUCCCUCUCCCCCUCCAAGGCUUGUCUUUCUUGGGGGUGGCAGGGUGGGGGAUUGUUUGAUCUCUUCUCCACGAUUUAUAAGCACUCUUUAUAUAUUAUAGCUAUUAAUUAUAUCCUGUCUCAAGUAUUGCAAGUUUUUCCCCAAGCCUUUUGGACAUUGCCUUACAAUGGUUUUUUGGUUUUUGUUUUUUAAAGAUUUUAUUUAUUUAUUUGAGAGAGAGAGUGAGAGAGAGAAAGAGCACAAGAGGGGGGAGCGGGAGAGGGAGAAGCAGACUCCCUGCCGAGCAGGUAGCCCGAUGUGGGACUCGAUCCCGGGACUCCAGGAUCAUGACCUGAGCCGAAGGCAGUCGCUUAACCAACUGAGCCACCCAGGCGCCCCUUACAAUGGUUUUUGAGUGUUGUGCAAAUAUGUCUAUUUCACAGAUUCUGGGUUUCCAACCUUGGUUGGGAAGCUCUCUCCUGCUCCUGAGGGGAGCGGGAUCUCUCUCAUCUCCUCCCCUCCUCUGCCUUCCCCUCCUGGGCCUCUCCCUCCUUAUCUCCAGCUUCUCCUUUCCCAAGGUUCUGCGUGGGACGAGGGGACUUGCCAAGCCUGGAGACCCAGCCCCCUCCCCCUCCUCCUCCGUUGGCCUCUCUUUAUUUGGAAAGGGGGUUGUUCCAAUCCCUGUCAGUUUUUGAGAGCUCUUGGUAAGUAUACUAUUAACCCUAUCUGCCUUCUGUACUGCAAGAGACUCGUUCUCAAGUCCUGUUGACUUUUUUUUAUAAUGUUGUUUGCCACGUGAAAUCUUAAGCUGCUAAGUUUGUACACAAGUAUAUCGGUCUUGUGUUCAUUGGCUGUGGGUCUCUGACCUAGGUUAGAAAGGUUUCCCGCCCCGGGAGGGGUGGGGGGGCGGGGGUGAGGUGGGGGUAGGGUGGGGAGCGCGUCCUUAUCUCGCAGCUUCUCCCUUCCCACGGGUCAGGUGCAUAAAAGCGCGCCGGGACGCGGCCCCGCAGUGUCGCCAUGUCCCCGCUGUGCCCCCUGCUGCUGGCCCUGGUCCUGGCGGCCGUCCCCGGCGUCCGAGCGGCCUGCCCGCAGCCCGCGGACCUCAAGAAGCCCGACGGGACGCGCAUGUGCGCCAGGCUCUACGACAAGAGCGACCCCUACUACAACAACUGCUGCGGGGGCGCCGAGCUGUCGCUGGAGCCGGGCACCGACCUGCCCUUCCUGCCCUCGGACUGGACGAACAUCAUCUCCUCGCUCGUGGUGGCCCCGCGCUGCGAGAUCACCGUGUGGUCCAAACGCGGCAAGGCCGGCAAGUCGCGCAAGUUCUCCACCGGCGUCUACCCGCGCCUCGAAGAGUUCCGCAAGGGCAUCUUCGGCGACUGGUCCAACACCAUCGCGUCGCUCUACUGCAGGUGCCCGCCCGGCCCCGCCUCCGCCCGCAGCCCCGCCUCCGCGUCCGCGGCGCGAACCCGGGCCCCCAGGCCCCUCGGCCCCUGA